AUGGCCUUCCAAGUCCCGAUCCCCAUGCCUAAUGUUGCUGCCGUGACAUCGGAUCUCUGGCCUUCAAUGUAUAACGUCCUGUCCGCUCCCUGGAAGCAGACAGGGCGAACGACGACGACCAAUGUCAGCGAGUCUCUCCAGCCCAGCCGACAAGAAAAUGAAACAGUCUCUCAACGCGCGACCUUACCUGGAUACCUAGAGGGAGUUUCCAUUGCAGCCCUACGAGCGGAGAUCGUCAGCCGGCCUUCGCAACAAACGUGGUCGUCAUUGCUGAACCGAAACAACGCAUUUCGGUCCAUCUCAUCUUUUACGCCAGUCCGCCAUGCUAUCCCCGGUGCUCGUUCUUACUCAACCCUAACUCCAUUCCGCCUUAACUCCCUACGCACGGCCCCGAAGGUCAAUGGUCUUUCGAAGAUACAACAGCAACGGUUCUUGUUCGGGGGAUCCUGGCAUCAUGUACUUGCUCAGAAGGAGAAGGUCGCCAACAAGAGCCCGAACAACGCAGAUGCUCAAAAUGCUCUAUAUUCGGCUCUUUUGCGUGCCAAAAUGCCGGGUAUUGUUAUCGAACGACACCGGAGCGGUUAUUUUGCAGGCGAUCUCACAACUGAAGCAUUAGUCCAACAGGCCCAGGCAAGCGUCGGUGGCACUGACGCUGGAGCUGGAGCUGGAGCUGGCACUUUCGCUGGGUCAAACCACAAUCUGAGCCAUGAACAGCUCCAGGCAGUGGGCCAAGCGGUCGCUGCCCGGGCUACUGGCAGUCAAAUCGGAAUGGGAAAACAAAACGGUACCGGUGCUAAGGACGCUCCUCUUUACGUUGUGGUCGACGAGUCUCUCGGAAGCACAGUGUUCCGCUGGGUCAAAUUCUUGCUCAUUUUCGGCUUUUUCACAUAUAUCUCUCUGGUCACGGUCACUAUCUUGGUUGAAACCACUGGCGUUCUGAAGAACGUUCGAGGUGCGCAGGACAAGGAAGCUCAGCCUGAACAGCAAACCGCUCGCUUCACUGAUGUGCAUGGCUGUGACGAGGCUAAAGAUGAGCUGCAGGAGCUGGUGGAAUUCCUUCUCAACCCAGAUCGUUUCUCUUCCCUAGGCGGUAAGCUGCCCAAGGGUGUUCUUUUGGUCGGUCCUCCCGGUACUGGUAAGACUUUGCUUGCGCGUGCUGUUGCUGGCGAAGCGGGUGUCCCAUUCUUCUACAUGUCUGGAUCUGAAUUCGAUGAGGUAUACGUUGGUGUUGGUGCCAAGCGUGUUCGUGAUUUGUUCGCUCAGGCCCGUGGCAAGGCUCCGGCUAUCAUUUUCAUCGAUGAGCUGGAUGCGAUAGGUGGAAAGCGAAACGAGCGCGAUGCUGCUUAUGUCAAGCAGACGCUCAACCAGUUGCUCACGGAGCUCGACGGAUUCUCCCAGACUAGUGGUGUCAUCAUCAUUGCUGCUACCAAUUACCCUCAACUGCUGGACAAGGCACUCACUCGACCUGGUCGGUUCGAUCGUAGGGUCGUUGUGGACCUACCUGAUGUUCGCGGCCGAAUGGACAUCUUGAGACAUCACAUGAAGGAAAUCCAGUUCGGUACUGAUGUUGACAUCGGAGUCAUUGCACGAGGCACUCCCGGCUUCUCCGGUGCUGAUCUGGAGAACUUGGUCAACCAAGCUGCAGUCCAUGCCAGCCGUGACCGCAAGGCUAAUGUUGGCCCGUUCGACUUCGAUUGGGCCAAGGAUAAGAUUAUGAUGGGCGCCGAGGCUCGCAGUCGCAUCAUCCAAGACAAGGACAAGCUCUUGACUGCCUACCACGAGGCUGGUCAUGCCCUUGUUGCACACUUCUCUCCUUCCUCCACUCCGCUGUACAAGAUCACCAUUGUUCCCCGUGGUAUGGCCCUUGGUAUCACCCACUUCCUGCCGGAGAUGGAUACUGUUUCAAGGAACUACACCGAAUACUUGGCAGACAUCGCCGUCUCCAUGGGUGGCAAGGCUGCUGAAGAGCUAGUUUUCGGCCACGACAAUGUCACUAGUGGUAUCUCAGCUGAUAUUCAAAGUGCCACCGAGACGGCCUUCACGCUGAUCACCCGGUUCGGAUAUUCCAAGAAACUUGGCAACGUCGACUUGUCUACAAACUACGAUAGCCUAUCAUCGGAAACCAAGCAAGAGAUCGAGGGUGAAGUGCGCCGGCUUGUAGAGGAGGCCCGUGACCGAGCAACCAACAUUCUGACCGAAAAGCGCGACGAACUCGAGCUCUUGACUAAGGCGCUCAUCGAAUACGAGACACUCACAAAGGAUGAGAUGGAGCAAGUGCUGAAGGGCGAGAAGAUCAAGAAGCUUAAGUCUUCCCCUAGUGCGCCGCUGAAGCUUCCCGAAGCUUUGCAGUCGACCAAUCUCAACCCGUCUGCAGCAGCAGGAACAGCACCCACGGUCAAUGAAUAA